AUGUCAACAUACUUUUUGCCCACUCCACUGGGGAAAGCGAAGCAAUCCAAGAUUCAAUCUACUAGUGACAUGGGAAACAAGGGUGACGCUGUAGGUGAGAAGGGUGACAAGACUAACGUUGCUCAUGAUGCUAACAUCAACCAUCCCAAGACCAUUGAAGAGCUUCCCGAGGAGCUAAAGCAACAAGUGGAGGCCAAGUUCAAUGCCGUUCUGAAGGCUUUUCUUCAGAUUUGCACUAAAGAUCGGAGGGACAAGGUCACCCAAUACAAAGAGCCAGAUUUCAGCGAAUUGAUCAAUUCUACAUCAUCCACACACGUUGCACCUGAGGUAAGGACCACCGACAAACCCAAGUAUGACGAUGAUUCAUAUGUUGAUCCUUAUCCCACGCAUGCCAAUUAUGCUACCAUGAUGGAUGAUCAUAAGAAAGUAAUUGAUAAUAGUCUUUUAGCUGCGGUAAAUAUGAUCAUGGCUCGUUUUGAUAAGUUGGAAGGGAAAACAACCGAUGGUGAUCAAUCAGGUGUUGCUUCUACUUCUAAACAACCUAAAUUUGGCAUGCCUUUAAAUUUUUAUGAGAAUCAAGGAUUAUAUGCAGUAGCAAACAAAGGCAAAUCAACCCCUUCGGCAUCUGAAACCAAUAAGGCCAGUUUAGCCAGUGUUGCUCCAUCUUCACAAUUGGUUAUCUAUGAUCAAAAUUCGGCUCAAAACACACGAACCGAUCAAAGAUCAGCAGCAAACCAAGCUUUGGUAGGGCAAAACAUGGUUCUUCCUAACCCACUGAACUCACCAAGUCAAAUUCUUUGGUUUGAUAGUGCUCCUGCAGCUCCCGUUAUCGAUUUUAGUGAUACUUUAAAUCAGUUUAGAGAAGAAUUAUCUAAAUCACUUGAGGAAAGCUUGGGUGUACAAAUCAAGCCUAGUAGGACUACAUACCGUAAGUUGUAUCCUUCGCAUUUUAAUUUCAUGAAAGCACCUGAUGGGUGGAGUGUACCAGAUUUUAAUAAAUUUAGUGGUGAUGAUAGUAAAUCAACCAUGGAGCAUAUUAGCAUGUUUCUUGCACAAUUAGGUGAAACUAGUGCUUAUGAUUUUAUGAACGUUCGUAAUUUUCCUUUAUCUCUUACUGGCACAGCUUUUGCAUGGUUUACUCCAUUACCAUCUUGUUCUAUUGGUUCAUGGGCUGAGCUAGAAGAAAAUUUUCAUAAUCACUUUUAUAAUGGUGCUCAAGAAACUAGAUUGUCUCAUCUUGCAUCGGUUUGUCAAGGGCGUGAUGAGCCCAUCCUUGAUUUUUUUUUCAAACGAUUUAGAGAAAUCAAGAACCGAUGUUUUCAUUUAAUGAUUUCUAAAAGAGACUUGACUGAUUUAUGUUUUGCUGGCCUAUGUCCUAACAUUAGAGAGAAACUUGAGCAUUAUGAGUUUGUUAACGUUAAUCAAUUGUUGCAAAAGGCCGUUUCAGUUGAAUCCCCCUCAAAGAGUCUCGUGAUACUUAUAGGUCACAUCGUCCGAAUGUGCAUGUUAUAG